CGGUCUUCUUCCCUCGUCGGCCCGCGAAGGGGCAGCGGCGGCCCCGGCGCCAGGCAGGGAGGCCAAGGCCGACCCCUCCUGCGCCAUGUCCCGCUCCAACCGGCAGCGCGAGUACAAGUGCGGCGACCUGGUCUUCGCCAAGAUGAAGGGCUACCCACACUGGCCCGCUCGGAUCGACGAGAUGCCAGAAUCUGCUGUGAAAUCGGCCUCCAACAAGUACCAGGUCUUUUUCUUCGGGACUCACGAAACGGCAUUCUUGGGGCCCAAAGAUCUCUUUCCUUACGAAGAGUGCAAGGUGAAGUUUGGCAAGGCCAACAAGCGGAAAGGCUUCAGCGAAGGCCUUUGGGAGAUCGAGAACAACCCCACUGUCAAGGCCUCUGGGUACCAGCCCACCCAGAAGAAGGGGUCCACGGAGGACACGGAAGGGGCCGAGCGGGAGCCAGAAGGGGAGAAGGAAGGCAGCCCCGAGGGGAGCAGCGAUGAGGAAGGCAACCUGGUGAUCGACGAGCAGUCCAAGGAGAAGAGCGACAAGGCCGGGAGCAAGCGGAAAGCGGAGGGUGCCCUGGAGGACCCCUCCCCCAAGCGCACCAAGGAAACUGAGGAUCAGGAGGAUGCCGGGGGCAAAGCCCCCCACAAGGAGCCCGAGAAGCAGAAGGCCAGCCCCCUCACCCUCCCGGACGGAGGAGGCAAAGGGGAGAACAGCAGUGAAGCCCCCGACAUGCCAGCAGCAGAGGAGGAGGGGAAGGAGAGAGGCCCUGAGGAUGAGGAGGAUGAGGAAGAGGAGGAGGAGGAGGAGGAGGAGGAGGCGAGCAGAGACCACAAGGAGAGCCUGUAGCUGGCCCCCCCGAUCCGUUCCUGUGACCCGAUCCCGGCCUGCUGGUUUCCCUGGGUGCGAAGAACCAGAUUUCGUCGCCCUCAACUUGCCGCCUGCCACUCGCAGGAAGGGAGUCAAGAUCAACAUUUCUACAGAAGCAAACGGAGAUUGCUCUGCUCAGCCAACCUGCAUCUUGUCUCUCCCGGCCCGGCUGUCUCGCUGGUCCCGCGCUUUGAGUUAGUAAUUUCUAGGGGGUUGGGAAUGCUGGCCAGCCACUUUGAAAUAAAAGCAGUUGAAUGCCUUUUUAAAAAAAA